GGUCUUUACGUAAACCUGUCAUGGCUGCCGCCUGCACCAGAGCGCUCGGUAAGCUCGGUGGGGCUUUUUUACGGGCUUCGGUCGUCCAUCGCUCCGCGACCGCUUCCUACCUGCUCGGGAAUGGCUUCCGGAGGGCGUACUGCUCCCGCGGGACCGGGCUGCGGUCCAAGCUGCUGUCGGCGCGGUCAGGAGGCGGCAGGCUGCUCGGCUGCGCCUUCCUGCUCGGCGGAGGUCUGGGCUGGUACCAGGCGGUGAAGGUGUCCGUCCAGCAGCACAUGGCCGAGGACAAGCAGGAUCCAGAAGGUGCUCUGAAGCUGGUUUUAUACCAGUACAAGACCUGCCCGUUUUGCAGCAAAGUGCGAGCGUUUUUGGACUAUCAUGGUGCGGCGUAUGAGAUUGUGGAGGUGAACCCGGUCAUGAGGCAGGAGAUCAAGUGGUCAACCUACAGAAAGGUGCCCAUCUUGAUGGUGAAUGGAGAGCUGCAGCUAAAUGACUCGUCUGUUAUCAUCAGUUCCCUCAAGACCUUGUUCCUCAGCAAGGAUAAAAGCCUAACCGACAUCAUUCACUGCUACCCGGAGAUGAAAUCUGUGAAUGACCGAGGGAGGGAGGUGACGGAGUACAACAACAAGUACUGGCUGAUGCUGAGCGAGGCGGAGACUGCAGCCCUUUACCCCCAAAAGGGAAUGCAGAAAGAAGAGAUGAAGUGGCGUCAGUGGGCUGACGACUGGUUGGUGCAUCUCAUAUCGCCAAACGUGUAUAGAACUACGGGCGAGGCCCUGGCCUCCUUCGACUACAUUGUUCGUGAAGGCAAGUUUGGGACCGUGGAGGGCUUUUUUGCCAAAUAUGUGGGAGCUGCAGCCAUGUACAUCAUCUCUAAAAGGCUGAAAAGUCGACACAACUUGCAGGACGACGUCCGGCAGGAUCUGUAUAAAGCCGUUAACGAGUGGGUGGCUGCCAUUGGCAGGGACAGAAAGUUCAUGGGGGGAAGUCAGCCAAACCUGGCCGACCUGGCCGUGUUUGGGGUCUUGAGGGUAAUGGAGGGCCUUCAGGCAUUCCAGGACAUGAUGGACAACACCAAAGUCAAACACUGGUACAGGCGCAUGGAGAGAGCAGCUCUCAACCACGAGGGGAGGGCCUAAUGCACCCCCAGGCCACGGGAAGAUGACACUCCUACGUUCUAUGCAGACAAACUCAAGAACACCGUCAGGAAUCUACGUUGACAAAGCCGCAUCCUGUGUGCUGUAGAGCUGUAGGAACUGCAUUCAUGUCACGUUUAGUUUAAGAAGAGUUUGUUCUGGAAGGCUAAUAAAAAUGAAGAUUAGUACAAAAAGAUUUAUUCCUUUCAAUUGAGAAUAUUGCUUUUUUUCAGUGAAUCCUUAAAAUGUAUUAGCUUUAAGACUUUGAUGCAGAAGAAGACAGCGGCGUUUCUUUACAGGACAUACUGUCCUUCCUCAUCCACACUUAUGGAACUGAUCUUCUAGUCGGGGAUUGUAACUGAGGAGCAGAUGAUGGUUGUUUCUGGGAGACAGUAGGUCUGCAGUGAAGAGCCCCCCCCCCCCCGCUGGGAUUCAUGCAAGUCAGCUCAAAGGGAUGGACAACUGUGAAAUGUAACCUUCCAUGUAUAAAAUCUGUGAAAUAGCUACAAAUAAUUAAGAAAUGCAAAUAAAACGUGUGGUCACUUUAAUGUCCCCUCCCCCA